UUGGUACGCAUGUUUUUAGAAGACGAGAGUAUUUAUUUGAAACUGAAAUCUCUAGGUCCCGUGAGUCAUUGGGUCGUCAGUGGCGCGAAUUACACUACUUUACUACUUCGGAGCAAAGAUAUACGUCAGUGCAUGGAACACAUGGAAGCUGACUGGCAAACAGUGACCAGAGAGAAGGAUCAAUGGGUGAUGUUAAAGAACGCGAAAUUCGGUCGCUAUGUAGCAGCUUCGUGCGCUAUUUUCAUGCAGAGUGGCGUUAUGUGCUUUAUUUUCGUCACAGCAAUGGAUACAGUGGAGAUUCAAGUUGGAAACGAGACGAGGAUUUUACACGUGUUACCUUGUGCAGUAUACAACAAGCUGAUAAACGUCGAUGAAAGUCCAACGAACGAAAUCGUGCUCUUCUUGCAAGCGUGGUGUACUAUUAUUGCGAACUCCAGUACAGUUGGAAUGUUCAGUCUUGCAGCUGUUCUAGCUGCUCACGCGUGCGGUCAGCUGAAUGUAGUUAUGGUAUGGAUCACUGAAUUCGUGAACGAACCGAAGAAGACAGAUGGUCCUAAGGGCAUAGGAGUUAUCGUGGAGCGGCACUUGAGGACGCUAAAUUUCAUUGGAUACAUCGAGAAGUUGAUGAACCGAGUAUAUUUCUUAGAGAUAUUUAGAUGCACCAUGAACAUAUGCAUACUGGGUUACUACAUUCUUUCGGAAUGGGCUGAUCAAAACGUUCAAAGCCUGGUUACGUAUAUUAUGAUAUAUAUUUCAAUUGGUUUCAACGUUUUUCUAAUAUGUUACAUAGGUGAAAUAUUGACAGAACAGAGUAAGAAGGUUGGUGAAGUAGUUUAUAUGACAAACUGGUAUUACUUACCCGAUAAAACAAUUCUCGACUUGAUUUUGAUCAUCGCGCGAUCGGGUGUGGUCGUUCAAAUCACUGCUGGAAAAAUGGUUCACAUGUCUGUCUACACAUUCGGUGAUGUGGUAAAGACCGGUUUCGCGUAUUUGAAUCUCUUACGACAAAUGACAUAAUUAAAUACAUUACUAAUUAAUUUUUUAAUUGUGUAACUUUUUGUAAACGAUAUUAUAAAAUUUAGAAUACAAACAAUAGCAACACAAAACCUGCAUCUAAUGCACUGGAACUUUAUAUAUUUAAUGUACAUAUACGUGUGUUUUAUAUUUCUUAUAUUCCUACUUGUUCCUUUCGCUACUCAUUAUUUUCCCCGCAUUACUAUCUUCUCAAUUCCACAUCUAUUCCAAUACUUGAAAGUUCUGACGGACUUCUCCAUCGUUCUGAGGCAGGUAUAAAAUGUAUCAUGCAGCAAAAAGAAUGAUAUUAUAUCGCAUCAUUAACAUACUGAUUGCCACAAGUGACUUUCCAAUGACGUCAUAGUGGCCACUGUUGACCGGCGAUACCAGAAUGGAAGUAUUUACAUUAAAUGUAUAAUUGUAUUUGUAAUGUGA